AAUGGGGGUGUAGGAAGUUAAGAUGCAUAGUUGUUCCGUAUCUCUCGGGCUAGGCUACAUGACUUGCCACUGCUUCCCACAUAGACACAGCAGGCUUUCACAGCUCUACAGACGACACAACGUGCUGCUCUGCUUGUAGUAGCUAAGGUUUACUGAGAACUAUGGAGGGACCUUAUAAGUACAUCAGGGAUGGGAAUGGGAAAGUUAGCCGGGUCAUACGAAUUGGAACCCGAAAGAGCCAGCUGGCUUGUAUUCAGACGGACAGCGUUGCAGAAAAGCUGAAGGGACUGUAUCCCGAUGUCCACAUAGAAAUAGUUGGCAUGACAACAACAGGGGACAAAAUCCUUGACACAGCGUUAUCAAAGAUCGGAGAGAAGAGCCUUUUCACCAAAGAACUGGAGACUGCUCUGGAGAGGAACGAGGUAGACUUGGUGGUCCACUCUUUGAAGGACUUGCCCACGGCUCUGCCUCCUGGCUUUACCAUUGGAGCUGUGCUAAAGCGGGAGAACCCCCAUGAUGCAGUGGUCUUGCAUCCCAAAAACACGGGCAAAUCCCUCGACACCCUGCCCGACAAGAGUGUGAUAGGCACAAGUUCGCUGCGACGGGCUGCUCAGCUAAAGAAAAGAUUCCCCCACCUUGAGUUUAAAGAUAUUCGAGGAAACCUUAACACGAGGUUGAAGAAGCUGGAUGAAAAGGACGACUUCUCUGCCAUUAUUCUGGCUGCAGCUGGACUCCGUCGCAUGGGCUGGGAGAGCCGAGUCAGCCAGAUCCUGGGCCCUGAGGACUGUAUGUACGCUGUUGGACAGGGGGCUAUUGCCAUUGAGGUGCGGGCCAAAGACAAGGACAUCCUGGAGAUGGUGUCUGUUCUGCACGACCCCAACACGGUCCUGCGCUGUAUAGCAGAGCGAGCCUUCCUCAGACGACUGGAGGGGGGUUGCAGUGUACCAGUUGCUGUCCACACUGAAGUCAAGGGCUCUCAGCUCUACCUGACGGGUGCAGUGUACAGCCUGGAUGGUUCAGACAGCCUCAAGGAGACCAUGCAGACCAGCAUUGCUUCAGACAAUAAGGUGGAAGAGCGAGUGGAUGAGUGGGUCCAGCGAGUUGGCGUCACAGCGAACAACAUGCCAGGCCCGGCCCAGGAUGCUUCUGAGAAGCUAGGUCUAGACCUGGCCAAUCUACUGCUGAGUAAAGGGGCUAAGGAGAUCCUUACCAUGGCCAGGGAGCUCAACGAUGCGCGAUAAACUCACUCUGUGCCCCCAGCUGGGUCUGGAGGUGUAACCUGCACUUACCGGUAGUCCAUACUAAUAUUAAAGCCCACACAUGGCUGACUGAGGACUCAUGAUAUAGAAUAGCACCACUAGACCUGGGUCCGAAUAGUAUGUGUUUUCAUUUAGAGUUUGAUUUAGCCUGCUUUCAGCGCCAGAACAUUAAUGUACAGGUGACUGCCAAAAUAAUGGAAACACUUGAGUAAAUGACGGCUACAAAGUAUAUUAAUAUUAAAAACAGGUGCUUCCACAGACGUUUGGUUCCUGAGUUAAUUAAGUCAUUAGGAUCCCAUCAUGCUUAGGGGUCAUGUAUAAAAAUACUGGGUAGGCCAUAGGAUCACAAUGCCCUCAUCCACAGGGCACAAAUGGUCGCUGAAUGGUUUGAUGAGCAUGAAAACAAUGUAAGCCGUAUGCCAUGGCCAUCUCAGUCACCAGAUCUCAACCCAAUUGAACACAUGGGAGGUUCUGAAGCAGCGCCUGAGAGUGUUUUCCACCACCAUCAACAAAACACCAAAUGAUGGCUCGUGGUGGCCCAACGCCCUCUCAAAACACUUUGUGUUUCCUUUAUUUUGGCAGUUACCUGUACACACGUUGAGGGACUCCAUUUCUAACUGUUGUUGGGAUCAUGCUACCUCUUUCAUCAACAGAGCUCUGAUAAUCUUGUUUGGUGAAUGACGUGUGUGACAUAUUAGUGAUGUCUGUUUACCAGACCCAGAACAUGCAAGCUACAGUGACAAACUCUAGCGUAUGAGUACUAUCAGACCAAGCCUAAGGCCACCUGUCUACAACACCAGCGCCAAUAUUAUUAUUACGUGUAUAUAUUUUUAUUUUAUUUCCCUUGAUCGAUGGAAUACUAUGUCAAGACAAUUAGGAAAGCGCUGCCUAUAAACAAACGCUAAACACUGGAUGCCGUACAAAAACUAAAUGUUGGAUACCUGUGGCAUUUCCCUUUCAGUGUGUUCACAUAAGUUUCAUGUGUUUUGAUCCUGGGAGGAUUUUUAUUGCUUACUUGUUUUGCUGUACCAAUUUGAAGAACGUAAAAGCAGCGUAAAAUGACACCCAACAAACGUCCUCCGCAUACUUCAAAACAGGGCCUAUAUUCAUGAAGCGUCUCAGAGUAGGAGAGAUGACCAGGUACUCCCCGGCCAUGUGGUCUUAUUCAUGAUGUUCAAAUCUGAUCCUAGAUCAGGUGUGGUAUGUUCACUGUGUGUACUUGAUCCAGCCUACCACUCCACGACUUCAGAAUUGAACAAGAAUUCCAUAACCAUCCCACUAGAUAUUGUUCAUAUGGUAACUAUGUGUGUGUGUGUGUUAUGAAGAAAAUAGAGAAAUGAAUUGAACGUACUAUAGUUGUAGGCUACGUUUUAGAUAUGUUGUGGCAUCUGUUAACAAACCUUAUGCUGUCAGAUAGCAUAGUUUUGUGCCUUACUUUAGUUUCUGUCUAUAUGGCUGCUGUGUGUAUAGCUUUGCUUACAAACUUAUUACCUUGAACUACAAAUAGGCAUUUUCCCUUGUACCCCUUGAGCCUGCACAGGUUUUCCUGGGUGUUGCCCCAUUGUGAGCCCUCUAACUUAUAUUUUUGCAGAAUUCAAUUAUGUUGCAUCGUGUUAUAUGAUACUCGGAAGGCGUAGAGAGGGUGGUUGUGCCAUAUUUCGUUUUUGCAGCUUUCUGCUUUCCGCUGUAGUGCUCAGACAUUUUAAGAAGACGCUGGUCAAAUGAUACUUGCCAUACCAUCUAGUCAUUCAAUAUUGCAGCAUUCAGCAUGAUAUGACAGAAUGUGGAAAUGUAUUGCAAUCUGAAAGGGUGAUGCUUUUGCUUUGCCACCUUCGUUAAUUCUGUGUCAUUAAAAGGAGGCAGCCUCAAUUAAAGCCACUUGUUACUCUCUA